AUGGCCGACGCGCCGGCGAGCCCCGCGGCCGCCGGUGGGAGCCGCGUUAGCGGCAGCCCCACGGCCGGCGGCGUCAGGGAGCGGGAACGGUUCCUGCCGGUCGCCGACAUCAGCCGCGUCAUGAGGAAGGCCAUCCCGCCCAACGGGAAGAUCGCCAAGGAUGCCAGGGAGGCAGUGCAGGAGCUCGUCUCCGAGUUCAUCGCCUUCAUCACCAGCGAGGCGAGCGACAAAUGCAAAACGGAGAAGCGGGUGGGCAUGACCGGCGACGACCUGCUGUGGGCGAUGGCGACAUUGGGGUUUGAGAACUACAUCGAGCCCCUCAAGCUCUGCCUCCACAAGUACAGAGAGGUGCCACUAUUUGACGAGGGAAUGGAAAUGGAACAGUGUGAGCAACUGGAGGUUGUGCCGCCACCACACUACUCUGCCGAGGGAAUCACCGAGAUGGGUCAUGAAAAGGCGAAAGAGGGGCUUUUAAAUGUUGAUCCUAAACCCUCCAACAUCACUAUCCAUCAGAGUUUCCCUGAACCGGUGACUGUGCUGCUGCCCUGCAAGAUGCUACCUUGCACAAUGGAGGUAGAGCCAAAAGCCUUGCUUGAGUCUGAUCUUAGGGAUUGGUCUGAGCUCCCACUCGAUGCGCUUUCUGCAAUCUUCAUGAAGCUUGGGACAAUUGAAAUCCUGAUGGGUGCGGGACUUGUGUGCCACUCAUGGUUGGUGACGGCCAAGUCCCCUGAGUUGUGGCGUUUCGUUGACAUGACACGCCACAAGGUGGUUUUCUCAAAGGCGGAAAACAUCAUGCGCAAAAUGGCAAAUGUGGCUAUAGAUCGCUCUGAUGGACGGAUGGAGUCAUUCUGGGCUCAGAAGUUCGUCAGUAGCGAACUCCUUGAUUACAUUGCGAACAGAUGCAACUCAUUGAAGAGCAUUCGGGUCAUCGCCUCCGGAUACUUUUGGGAUGAUGCAGUAACUAGGCUUGCAUCUAAAUGUCCAAUGCUAGAAGAGAUAGAGUACUCGUAUCAGAAGCAGUCGUGGUAUUUUUUCAAGAUGCUCGGCGCAGUACGCCCAGAGCUGAAACGACUAAGGAUCAAUAUGCCUUGGUUCGACUCGGAUGCGAUGGAGCGUGAGAUGAGGAUGGAGCAGCAGCAUGACGAAGACGAGGAAGAGGAAGAAGAAGAGGAGCCGUAUGAGGCCUGGGAGGCGAGACACAAUCAGGAGGCCUUCGCCAUAGCAGAAAACUUGCACGAGCUGCAGCUCCUUCAGAUGACCGGUUACGGCCUGACAAAAAAAGGGGUCUACGCCAUCCUUGAAGGCUGCCCCCACCUUGAGUGUCUCGACCUUACUGAUUGCGGCCAUCUCGAAGUUGACGAUGAGCUCCUAGCUCGCUGUGCCAAGAUCAGGCAUGUUUGGCUGCCACGACGCUGGCCUCGUGUUCACUGCCCAGAUCUACGUACCAUUGGGGAGAACGAAGGCGAAGUGAUCGAACCUUCUGAUCUCUAUGAAAUGGAGGCUUGUUCGCUGUGUGACGAAGGAGCAAUGGAGGAUGAUAGCUACGGGGACAACUACUGGGACGACUAUUCGCUCCCCUCAUCCCCUGACUGCCCCACCGCCCCUGACUUGCGCAAUGUGACCUGCGAUGACACCAGAUACUACACUUACAUCCAUGACUACUACUCUCUGUGAUCUUCCCAGUGCCCUAUUCGAUAGUUAUGACCUAUGCAGCUGCUUGUACGUGUAAUAAUUUGCGUGUAUCCUGCAGAUCGAAGGCCUUUUGAUGUACAAACAAACCUGUGUAACUUGAACCUUCUCCCUGUAGUGUGCUUUGUACUAGCUUACUGUGGUUUUGAAUGGGUUUCUGCCUGCACGUGUA